AAAAAGUAAUGGUGUCACCACUGAUCAGUCUUCAAGUAAAUGAUGUUAGCAGUAAUAAAAAAGAAGAAAAGAUCAAGAAGAGACAUGAAGAAGUCAAGACAAGUGAACAAAAAGAAAUUAAUGGUCUUAUAAAGAAAGGACAGCCAAUAGAUCUGGAAUCCAAGAAGUUGAAGGAGAAAGAGAAGGAGCAGUGAGUUUUAAAAUAUAUUGUUUUUAAUCUAUAAGAUUUAAGAAUGUUACAGGCAUUCAUUAAUAAGCAUGACACUAGAAAUUUACCUCAGCUGUACAUAUGGGUACACAGUAUCAAAAUCGAAUCAUGAUAAUGUUUGUUUUACUUUUGUUUCAGGGUGAUAAAGAAAUCUGAUGACUCAAAAAUUGUUGAGUCACCAAGGAAGUCAAGAGUCAAAUUAGCCACUUCAUUGGUUAACCUUUUCAAGAGUAAGAAUGAGGCCACCCAGGAGAAGGACAACACUAAAACAUUUUCUCUUCUGGAACAGUUUGAUAAGGAUGAUAACAUGGAGCUUAGAAAAGAGGAAAAUGAUAGCUCUUCAGAAGUAAAAGGUGAUUAAACUGUCUCAAAGAUACAUUUUAUCAUUUCUUCUUACAUGAAUUCUUUAUAGUUUUAUCAUGCUAAAAGCAAAUUUCCUGAUCAAUAGUACCCAAUACAUGCAUUCCUAAUAAUUUAUAGAUCCCUUGCACAGUGUAAAUUAGCAAAAUUUCUAAAUAGAAUUAAGUUGUCUUGUGAACUACAGUAGGAGAUUCUGGAUGAUUUUGGAAUAGUAAUAAUAAGAUUACAAAAUCACAUAAGACAAAAAGAAAAAGCUUUUGGGGGAAAGCUUAAUCUGGAAAAUCAAAACUAACAUUGCUCCCAUAUUUUUUCAAAUUUUAUUCAUUAAGUUGAUGUGGUGAACUAUUGUUCAUUAAUUUCAUGUGGUGAACUAUUGUUUGAUCGUGUAGAUGAUGAUAAGGCACCUCUAUGUUUCAUUAAGUUCAUGUGGUGAACUAUUGUUUUAUCAUGUAGAUGAUGAUAAGGCACCUCUGUCAGGACUUUUCAAGAGCAGUAAACAACGUGAUACAAGACUUGAGAAAUCCAAAGAAAAAGCAGUCCUACUUCAAAAACAGCUCUUAGGUAGGUCAUGGAAUUUUUUUAAAGUGGUUUACUUGUGCUUAUUUCAGACCUGUUUACCCUCAAACUCUUAAAAUCGUACAAUUGUUCAAUACAUUAUCUUAAUAGUAAAAAAAUAAACAUACAGUAUAUAUAAUGUAUACACCUCAAAAUCGUACAUUUGUACGCCAAAAUCGUAAGAGUAAACAGGUCUGUUAUUUGUAUGCAUGCAAAAAUUCUUUGUAGUGUUUAUGUACAAAAAUUAAAUCGCGUAUGAAACGUCAAGCCAGUAAUAAAGGAAAAAUUUUAAUUAAUGGUUCUGAUCAUGCUUUUGAUUGGAGUAGAGAGAGAAUUCGCUAAUAAGUUACAUAAUGUGAAAAACACCAGAAAUUUAAAUGUUUUUUUUUUUACAUUAUUUAGAACAGCAGAAUUGAAUGUAGUUUUCAAAAUUAUUUUAUCCUUGUAGAAGAUUCAAAUGAUGACGACCUCAGUGAACAAGAUCAAGGAGAAGAUUCUGAAAAUGAUACGUAAGUUUGUGGUACCACUAUUCAUUAAAUGAAUUUAUUACUUCUUUUAAAAUAUUAUCAUUUUGAUGUCACACUCAAGGAAAAAUUUUCAUUUUUUCUCCUAGUAUAUUGCUUUAAAUCAGAGGUUCUCAAGCUAAGUCAAAUUUUAAAAUUUAUUUCUAAAAUCAUGUGUUAUAUCUCAUAGGUCAACAAUACAGAUACCAUCAUUGGAGAAUAAAACAGAGAAGCAGCUUAUUGGUUAGUGUUUUUUUUUGUUGCUUUUUUAUAUUUAUUUAUUAAUUUUACAUGUGCGGAGGAAAUGCAAUAACAAAAAUGGUCUUGUUAAACUUCAAUGCAUGCUUGCUCACAAGGUAUCUAGUAAUGAACAAAUGAUCUUUUAGAAUUUUAAAUAUCAGGAAUUUAGCCCCAGGUGCAGACCAUGGCCAAAUUUGGAAAUUUUACACAAAAAUUUUUUUUUUAAAGUUUAAUGACCUGUGUGCAUCAGCCGUAAAUGAAAGUAGAAAUUGACACAUGCAAUCAAAGGUUGCUAUUUACGGCGUGCCUAACAAUUAUUAUUAUCAUGUUAUAUCCUGAUAAAAUUGUCUAUUGCUACAAUCACUAAGUUAAAUUAGAUAAAUAAUUUUCAGAUCCUCUCCUUUUGAACACCCACAUUUAUUAGAGUUCUUUCAACAUUGUGUGUUCCCGAUUAAACUAAUGCAUCAAAGUAAAGUAGUUCAAAGGUUGUGCAAAAAAUAAUGGCUUGGGUCAUAACAUUAUUACUUGUAUAGUAUUUAAAGUACGGUAAAUAAAGAAUAUUUUAUGUUUUUAAUUUCAUCAGAAGCUGGCAGAAUAGACAUACGAUUCAGCAAGGAACUAUGGCUCCAAAGAUGGGAAGAGUUAAGGCCAACUAUUGUAAAGGUAUAUUUGUUAUAGAAAACAUUAUUUUAAUGAUAAAAAAUUAUUAGUCAUGCUAGUGCUAGCAUGUUUAAUAACUUAAUCGGUGUCUUUUGCGCUCUAGAGCUUUGCGCAGAAAUCGAUCGAUGUCUGCCGCCUCUUGCAACUUGUAAAGCCAUUUUCCAUGCUCAUGCCCAGUUAUUUAAUUGCAGUGUUACAGCAGUUAAAGAGAAAUUUGCAGGUACCGGUAAGGUUAUUGCAUUGAGGUAUAUUGAUUUUUAACACUGUCUCUUUUACUUGCAGUUGUACAAAAGGAAACACAAGGAAGCUUUGAAAAGCAAGAGAGUGGAUAAUGAAAUGAAGAGAAAGAAAGAGUUCUUGAAAAAUGCAAAGAAAGGGCACUGGAAUAGAAAGAGAUAACUCAGACAGUAGAUGUUAAAUAAUUAUUAAAAUAUAUUAAAAUUGUACCUAAAAUUGCUUGAGAAUAAAUAUACAUAAAUAUAAAAGUAAUUUAUCUAGUGCUUUGUCUCUUUUUUUUUGUUACAGGCUCAAAACUAUAUAAACUAAAAUAAACAAGAACAUAAAGGAAUAGAAAAUUUAAGAGCUAGGCAUUUAAUACUUAUGUAAUUUCACAUUAUCAUUAACCCUAAGUGACUCAUCUAACCACCCACUGUCAGGCUGGUGCCAAGUUUAUUUACCGUUAGCUUUAAAAUUUACAUACGUUAGAAUAGGUUAAGGAGGAUCUGACAAAUUUCUAUGGAGUUUGUUCAGUGAGAUGAUGUAGCUAAAUAAAUUCAGCUCUCUAGAAAAAUAUUUGGCUCAAGGCCAAGGAUGUUUUCAAGGUAUUGGAAUUAGAACCAAUGAUGUAAGUGCCCAUCUGUUGUAUCAGAUUUCAUAAGAUGCACAGGAGUUAUUAAUUAACUCUGAUAAAAGCCACAAGAGUGAAUCCGAUUGGUUCAUAGGGAAAUAAACGAGUGAGCUAUAGCAGAAACAUGUUUAGAGAGAUUCAGUAUUAGAAUUGUAUUAUUAAUAUUAGUAGACAAGUCAUAGGAUAAUCAACCAGGUGGAUUUUUUGGUAGUGUGGUUGCUAGAGCCAUCCUGUUAAUAGGAACUGUUUAGGUAGGUGUUUUAGAUAGACAUUAAAUUAUAUAUUAUAAUGUGUUGAUUUCGCUCUAACAUAUCAUCAUUCACCUUGGACUUAGUUACAAGUUUAUACAAGCAAUUAUACUACUAGUAUCAAAUCAACGGAAAUGCCAAAGUACUAAUUUUUCUGUUGGUGGGAAGGGGCAAUUAUAUAACAACUCUCAGUGAGACAUUAACAGUAGACUAAAACUCUAUGUGCCAGCUAGACAUUGACCACAUACAAAAAGUCACAUAUGCUGAUGGGCAGAAAAAUGUUUCAAAGAUUGCCUAUACGUAAAAUUGUCAAUAAAAUCCAUGGACAUCAACUUGUUACUCAUGGGAAACACUUGCAUUGGAUUGGUCAAGCUGGCUGGACAGACUCUCUGUUGGAGCACACUUUUCAGAGAGUUAAUGUACAACUCAUGGUAAAGUAGAAUUGCCUCCAGUACCAUAAGGACCCACAAAACACUUGUGUCCCACUUGCCAGCAAGGUUUCCCAUCACAAAUAGUACUCACAAACCUCCUGCAUACACCUUGGUUAUCUUCCUAUGUAAAACAAGAACAACUAACAGUUCUUUCUAAAUUAGUUGUAAUAGCUGUAUCCCAAUAUGUAUUUGCAAAAAACAAAACAGAACCAAUGAUUAAUUCAACAAAAUAUAUUUAUCACAUAAUUUAUUCCAUUUGAAACUGUCCAGUCAGUUGUUUUCUUACACCUAUUAUAGUCAACUCACAACAACUACCCCAUCAACACAUUGGCUAUAACAGCAUGUAACUGAAGAGGUGGCCAUUAAGAAAGUUCUACACAAAAUGACAAUAACUGGUAGGCUAAAAAUAAUUGCCUCCCAAACAGUUAUCAGUUUAGUUAUUUUAAACCUUAAAAUUAGCAUCA